AAUAAAGCCAUAGUAUGCAGACAGAGGAGAAUUACCUAAGAAUGUAUGACUGAAGUGAUCUGCAGUAAAGUCCUUCCAGCAGUCGUUGCUUUCUGAUGGUUGAUUUCUCAGUGAUUGACCAGCUGUUUGAUCUUUGUGCUUAUGCUGAUGGAGGACUCGCCUGCUUGUUUUAACAGCGGACUUUGUAUAUAGAGCCAACUUGCAGCAUCGUGGUGUUGGAGGCAUAAGAAGAUUGAACUUAAAAAACCCACGACCUAAUUUAUGAUAACAACCCUUGGACAUGGCGUUAAACCUUGCCUCAGUAAGAGACACAAAAUGGCUAACUCUGGAAGUGUGCCGACAGUUUCAGCGAGGAAACUGUUCACGUAGUGAUGAGGAGUGCAAAUUUGCUCAUCCACCGAAGAGCUGCCAAGUUGAGAAUGGGAGGGUCAUAGCCUGCUUUGAUUCACUGAAGGGUCGAUGCUCAAGAGAAAACUGCAAGUAUCUGCAUCCACCUUCACACUUGAAAACACAGUUAGAGAUCAACGGGCGCAACAAUCUCAUCCAGCAGAAGACGGCAGCGGCCGUGCUCGCCCAACAGAUGCAGCUCAUGAUCCCCGGACCCAGCCUGCAGCCUGUGGGACUUGGCACAAACUCGGCUCUUGGUUAUGGCUCUUACAUGACACCUCUGAGCCAUGGAAUGAGCCUCGUCCCCACAGACAGCAUGCCCAGCACCCAGGUCCUCAUGUCAGGGAGCCCACCCGUCACGGUGCAGAGCUCCUCCUCUUCUUCUUCUUCCUCUUCUCCCUCACAGAAGCUGCAGCGCACAGACAAACUGGAGGUGUGCCGUGAGUUUCAGCGGGGAAACUGUGCACGAGGGGAGACAGAUUGCCGCUUCGCUCACCCCAGUGACAGUCCCAUGAUUGACAGCACCGACAACACUGUCACCGUUUGCAUGGACUACAUCAAGAGCCGCUGCUCCAGGGAGAAGUGCAAGUAUUUUCACCCGCCUGCACACUUGCAGGCCAAAAUCAAAUCCAGUCAACAGCAAGUCAGUCACACAGCCGUGGCAGCCCAGGCAGCAGCCGCAGCCAUGACUCAGUCGACUGCCAAAGCAAUGAAGCGAUCCCUCGAGGCAACUGUAGACCUGGCCUUUCCCCACAGCAUGCUACAGCCACUACCAAAGAGACAGGCUCUGGAGAAGAGCAGCUGGGCAGGUUCUCUCCUCAGCCCCAGCUUUCUGCAUUACCAACAAGCACUGGCAAACUCACAGCUGCAGCAGCCCACCGCUGCUUUUUACCCAACUGGGUCGGUCUUCUGCAUGGCUCCUGGUAACAGUUUUGUCCCCAUGAUGUACAGUGCUACGCCUGCUACUGUCUCUGCAGCAACUACUCCCGCCACAAGUGUCCCCUACGCAGCAACAGCACCAGCCAAUCAGAUCAUCCUCAAGUAACUACCAGGAGCAGAAGUCAGUGCUGUGUUGCUGCUGUUAAAGACCCCAAACACCUGCUCUGUAAAUACUCUAACACCACACACAAGCUACAACACGCUGCAUGCUGAUAACAACCCUGUAGACAUGACUACAUCAUCAUAAUCAGUAACAUAGCUCCAAUACUAGGAUUUUACUGUUUUAGAGAAGUGUCCCCCAAGAUAAUUGUAUGUAUGCGCCUUUGCACCUGCAUUCACUUGCAUCUUCAGUAAUGUGCAUAAGAUCCUUGUUUCUAUUACCUUAAGCCAUCUGACAAGGUGUCAAGAAGCUUCAAUGAACUGAAAUACAAUGUAUCUGCUGUUCACAUAUAUACUGUAGGUGCCUCGUGUAAAAAAAACAAAAAAAAAAACUGUUCGGAACAAAUGCAACAAUGAAAAGCCAAGAAAAAAAUCAGUGCAGAUAAAGUAGUAACACUCUUAUACUAAGUGAUAUGGAAAAGGCCGACAGUUUAAAAAAGUGUACCCAUCAGUAGAAGAAGAGUGAGCGUAACAGAUCUCAUCUGAGCUGUUCAACAUGUUAACAGGUGUAAAGGGGUUCAUGAUGAGAAAUAGUUCAAAUCCUGUCAUUACAAUAUUGAGCAGCAUUUCUUUUCCUUCUUGAAUGAUGUGUAAAGUACACAAGGAGAACUUUUGUAAACUAAAGAUUGUUUAUCUAGUGCCACAUACAUGUAUUAAUUAUUUUAAACAAACUAGAGCAAAGCACUUGUGUAAACUUUCAAAACCACAACGAUUCCUAAUGAAAGUUCCUCUGAGGUGUUCUGAGGGAAGUUCACAAAUGUUGUUUAUCCCCUGAAAACAGGAUCAGUGCUCCACCUCCUGGUGUGCCUUUGCAUUGCAUUUACAGCAUGUUUGCUGUAUAAGUCAGCUGCUGCAGAGACGUUUUCUUCUUUAAAGCAGUGAUAAAAUAAAAACAGAUAAAUUUCCCCCUCUUUAUUAUGAAGAUAUAUAGAUACUUGGAUUACCAGUCACAAUGAUGGUGGACAUAAUGUAUCUUAAAGUGGUUUUAACUUAGGGGGCAGGUUUCACAGAGAUAGUUUGACCCUUGGUGAGUACACACUAAAAGUCGGGUGUAGGACUAAAUCUGUGUAACGCGUUUUUAUAAUAAUAUCUGGCAGAGUACUCUUAUUCAAAUGUUUGCCUUCUUAACACUUACAAAGAAAUGUACUGAGACUUUCAGCCAAAAGUGACAUGAAGUGAACAUGUUUAAGUUGUAUAAAACUUCCAGACAAUUCAGACAUCUAACAAAUUUGAGAUUUGGCUCAAAUUGUCCGCUAAAUUGUCAAUCCAAAAUCUUGUUUUCUUGUAAUUUGUCCAAUGUUUUUAGAAAACCAUAAAUUAUGAUCAAAGUUUUUCUCUUCUUAUGUCGUUUAGUGCCACUGGCAGCAGGAGCCACUGAUUGUUACAAAACAAACAUUUCAGAGCCUAAUGAAGGCUGCAGACCUCUCUGAACCGUCUUUGUGAAACCAGCCCCUUUCUUACAUUUGAACAUAGAAAUGACCAAAUUGUCAAACUGAAGUUCUUUGAACCCUUUAAGGGUUGUGUAAUGUGUAAACUGUUAGUCUUAAUGUUACAGUCAGAUGUCAGUACUGUAUUCUUCUGAAUGUUACUAGUGCCUAAAGAAUUGUCAGGAUGAGGAUAUCCGUGCAUAUUUCAAAGGCUUUGUGUGGGAAAAUAACAUUUAAAGAAACGUUUUGCACUGUUGCGAGUGCUAUUGUGUACACCUGUUUUAGAUUUUAUGAAAUCAUUAAUUUUCACUGAUAUUUGAAUUUUUAUGGAUGUAUAAGACUUAGUAACCAUUUUCUUUUCCUUUUGAGAUGUAGUGUAUUACAAUAUUUCCUUACUAGUUUGAAUGCACAGUUCAACACAUUAUGUAGUAAUAAAGUCACAUUUACGCAGGUAGGAUAGUUGUGUAUGGCUGAUACAAAAUUAUGCAAAUUAUUUUACUGACAGCAGACGGAGUGGGUAUUGUGUUGGUGAAAAACAAAAAUAAUACUAAAAACAUAUAUCACACAUGUAUGUAAAGUUGAACUUUGGUUUAGUUUAUGAUAAAUUCCAUUUCCUUUUUUUAUGAAUACUUUGUGUGAUUAACUGAGACAAUCCACCGAGACAUUUUUCAUUUGUUCACAUGUGUUUUCAUGACAAGUUUGACACAUUAUCGGAUGAAAUAUAAGGAGUAUACUUCUAGCAGUUUAACACGUUUAAAAUGUAUUCUCUUUUGUGACUAUUUUGUGAUGAAUGUAAUUUAUUAAACUCACUUUAGCUCUGCUGAGGGUUCCUCAAAGGGCCCUCCAUCUGUUGUAUUAGCCUAUGAAAAGCCGUCUCGUGUCCAGGGAUCAAAUGUUUGGAGCAAAGAGAAGCUAAACACAUUUGGUCCCUGUCACUGCCUUGUCACCUGUAAGGGACAACCUACCUUUGUAUGAGCAAGGCCAUAGAUAGAACUGCUUUUUAUGUACAAAAAGUGCAUUGUACAGGCCACGUUUAAGGUAACUCUCAUCAUAGUCUAACAAUAGUUUGUCCUUUAAUCGUGCUGAUGUGUUGCUGAGGCAAUCUGGAUUUGCAGUGGUUAAUUAAUUAUUUCUGUGUUUUUGUAGGUGAUAAAUUUGUUUUUCUCUCACCUCAAUAACACUUCAAGUUGUUCUGUCAGAGCUCAUUAUGCCAUGGUGAGACACUGUAAGUGUUCCAGCACAUAACAAAACAUAUUUUAAACCUUUUGUUUUGUUUUUGUAUUGUUUCUACUGCACGUUAACAUCCCGCAGUGAAAAUAGACUCCAGGUACAGUUUAAAAACCAGAUUUUUGAUCAUUUUCAACGUUUUCUUGUCAUUUCUGUAAAUAUAUAUAUGAAUAAUCCCCCCUUAUUUAUUUUACCUGCAAACAAAAGGCAUAUAACUGAAUGUUUGUUUCAACUUCUGACUAAAAGCUUGAAUGUGAUGGUGACACCUGCACAUGGAGUUUGUUUGAGAUUUUAAUCACACAGUCAUAAAGAUGUCGACUGUAAGAAUGUUUGGUCUGACUGACUGAUGGAAACAUUUCACCGAAGCACUUUCUCCACAGUCAGACGACGGAGAUGACAUGCUUUUUGUGAACUUUGCCUUAUCUUUGAUCUGUUCCUGAGUUUGUAUUUGUUAAGUGAUUAUGAAUACCUUAUUGUCUAAUAAAUAAAAUACAUUUCACUCAA